UAUUAAAAUUACCAUGGCAACUAAAUUUAAACUAUUUUCUGCAAUUUUACCUUUAUUAUUUACACUAAAUUUAAUGUUCUGCAAAAUUCCUGUCUACAAAAUCUGAAAAAUGGCACCAAUGGAUUUUCCCCCUCCAACCCUCCAUGUUUUCAUGGGCUCCUAUGCUCCCAUAAACCAAGGAUUCGGUUCCUUGUACCAAACCGAAAACACAAACUUCUUCCAGAAUUACAGAAACGAGACUCUUUCAAGGUUUGCGAUGCCUACCUACCACUGGGGUUACACCCGAACUCCAUAUUCCCCCCGAGCAGAUCUAGUGGGUGCGUACCGCAAGGCUAACUGGAAGAAACUCCUUGAGACCCCUUCAGUGAAAGUAAGACUCAUUGAUGAGGCACGCAGUCAAGAGGUUGACGAUUUUUAUAAGCUUUGUCAAAUGCACCGGGAUCAAUACAAGGACCAUACAGGCAGAUUGCACCCCCUGCGAUUUUUCCAGAAUGCUGAUACCAAGUGGAAUGCCCCAAAUUUAACACAGACCUAUCUGGAGUUCCCCACCAAGUUUGUGGAAUAUAAGAAACCUCCGGUACUGCCCAAGACCUAUGCACGCUCUGUGCCACUGCCAAUUUUGCCCGGGCGAACCUUAGCGGGCAGAUACUAUCAGGGAAGUGAUAACUUCUACAACCGUUAAUUGGACUACUCUCACAUAAAAUGGUCUCUCUAUCUAAUAUAGUAAAUGUAAACUUAUUAUGUUGUCUAAAAUACAUUUUUAAUAUAUUUAGAAAAUUUGA